ACAAUCGCAAAACCAAGCACGCGUGUGAAUCAAAUCGUUGUGAAUGCCUGGACCAACCACAGCAGCCAUUUCCCUCUUCUCCAGAUCGUUGUUUCGCGCCUCUGUGUCCUGCAGCGCACGCUGGUUCCGCCGCCGCCUCAGCACCACCACCACCGCUACCACCACCAUGAGUGACAUUCCCAAGACGCUCCCCGGCCAGACGCCGCUCAAGGAUCAUGAUCCAGAUCUGUUUGAGAUGAUCCAGCACGAGAAGGAGCGCCAGCGCUCUGGUCUCGAGCUCAUUGCUUCGGAGAACUUCACGUCCCGCGCCGUCAACGACUGCCUUGGCUCGUGCCUCACCAACAAGUACUCCGAGGGCCUCCCUGGUGCCCGCUACUACGGUGGCCAGCAGUUCAUCGACAAGAUUGAGAACCUGUGCCGCGACCGCGCGCUUCAGGCGUUCCGUCUUAGCCCGGAGCAGUGGGGCGUCAACGUCCAGCCCUACAGCGGCAGCCCGGCCAACCUCGCCGUCUACACGGCGCUGCUCAACCCGCAUGACCGCAUCAUGGGCCUCGAUCUCCCGUCUGGCGGCCAUCUCACGCACGGGUACUACUCGUACAACGCGCGUGAUGGGACGACGAAGAAGAUCUCUGCCACCUCUGUGUUCUUCGAGAGCCUGCCCUACUGCGUGUCUGCUGAGACAGGCCUCAUCGACUACGUCGAGCUGCAGAAGCGCGUCGACGUCUUCAAGCCAAAGCUCAUCAUCUGCGGUGGCAGUGCGUACCCGCGUGACUGGGACUACAAGCGGUUCCGGGAGAUUGCCGACACGUGCGGCGCCUACCUGAUGUGCGACAUGGCGCACAUCAGCGGGCUGGUUGCUGCGCAGGAGGCAAACGACCCCUUUGAGUACUGCGAUGUGGUCACCAGCACCACCCACAAGUCGCUUCGCGGCCCGCGCGCAGGCAUCAUCUUCUUCAAGAAGGAGCUGGAGGCGAAGAUCAACUUUGCGGUGUUCCCCAUGCUGCAGGGCGGCCCCCACGAGCACCAGAUUGCCGGCGUGGCGACGCAGCUCAAGGAGGUGAUGACCCCCGAGUUCAAGCAGUACAUCCAGCAGGUGAAGAAGAACACGCGCGCACUGGCCGAUGCGCUGACGGGGAUGGGUCACGUGCUGGCCACGGGCGGCAGCGACAACCACCUCAUCCUCUGGGACCUGCGCCCGCACGGCAUCACGGGCUCCAAGAUGGAGAAGGUGUGCGACAAGGCGGAGAUCACGCUCAACAAGAACGCUAUCCUGGGCGACCGCAGCGCGCUUGCCCCGGGUGCAGUGCGCAUUGGCACGCCGGCACUGACGACGCGCGGAUUCAAGGAGGAGCACUUCCGGCAGGUGGCUGAGUUCCUCAACCGCGCACUCAAGAUCGCCAUCGACGUCCAGAACGAGCACGGAAAGCCGCUGAAGACGUUCAUCCCUGCGCUCGAGGGCAAUGCCGAGAUUGAGCAGCUGCACAAGGACGUGGCCGCCUUUGCCCGCCAGUUCCCGCUCCCAGGCGGCGACUACUAAGCGCGCUCGGUAAAGUGCAACGAAAGGCAGUGCAGCCGUGCCAACGUGCACACGCGCACGCAAACCCGCACGCUCGCGUGCGCUGUGCAAGUGACAUGCGUGUCGUGAUGCCAUCAUCGUUUCGUGUGUGACUGUGUGUGCGCACGCGGCAAAUGCUCGUUUCAUUCCCCGCAGCCCUUGUCGCGGCAGGGAGUGGGUGAUAGUGCUGCUGAUUGCGCUGUUUUUGUCCCCUUGCAUUGCUCUCGCUUGUGCUUUCUCCUGCUCUUUGCUCUCGUGUUAGUUGUCGGCUUGCGUUGGUUUCUCUUGCUCGCGUGUUUCUUGUGCACUGACUGUAUCGUUUGCGUACGUGGAAGACACAAUGAAAACGGGAACAAAU